ACUAUAUUAAAAGGGGACAGAAGCGGCGGCGCCGGCCCCAGGUCCCAGGCCCAAAGAAGGGCUCGCUCGGUCUGCCUUCUUAGCCGCCCCCGGGAUCGACGUCCUUCGGCCAAGGCGGCCACCAUGCAACUCCUGAUGAGGGUGCCCUCUCUACCCGAGCGGGGUGAGCUGGACUGCAACAUCUGCUUCCGACCCUACAACGUCGGAGCCCGCGCGCCCCGCCGCCUGCCUGGCACGGCGCGCGCCCGCUGCGGCCACACGCUGUGCACCGCCUGCUUGCGCGAGCUGGCCGCGCGGGGCGACGGCAGCCGCACGGCCGCGCGCGUGGUGCGCCUGCGCCGCGCUGUCACGUGCCCGUUCUGCCGCGCGCCCUCCCCGCUCCCGCGCGGCGGCGUCACGGAGAUCGCGCUAGACCCCGGCUUGUGGUCGCGGCUGGAGGAGAAAGCCCGGGCUGAAGGUGAAAAAGACCCGAUGGGGAGCCCGGCCAAGGAAAGCGGAGGCGACGGAGAGGACGAGGACGGGGAAGAGGAGAGCGAGCAGGGGGCGGGACCCACAAGUGCGGGUUGGCGCGCGCUGCGCCGAAUUUUGGACAGGGUCCUGGCGCCGGCGCGCCGCUUGCGGCGUCCGUUGCCUAGCAAUGUGCUCUACUGCCCAGAGGUCAAGGACAUUGCCCACAUGACCCGUUGCACGCUGUAACCGAAGAACCUAGGAGGCAGGUGUGAGCAGCAUCCCCAAAUGGGUUGAUGUCAAGACUACCCCCUCUGAUGCUGGAAUUCGUACGUGCGUGAUGGAGUUGAACAGAAAGUACCCUGGGUGGUGUGAAUUCUGAACGGCGGGAGGCUCCUAGACUGUGCCAGCAUUACAUUUUCAGAAUGGAGUGGCCAAGGGACAAUAGAAAUGUGGGAAGAAACAAAUACCAAGCUAUAGCUUUGGCGUCCGUUCUGGGAGGCUGUGGUGUAAGCAACAGAUCCCAUCUUAUCAUUGCUCAGUGGUUGAAUAUGUUUUCUUAAAAAGCAAAACAAAAACCCAGACAGGACGGGAGAUAAGCUAAUUUUGAUGUCGGGUCAAUCUCACUUAUCUGGUUGUGUGUGUUUGCUGGCGUGCCAUCUUCCUACUCUCCGUUCCGUGUUCCAGAAAUUACUGAGUUGCCUCCCUGCUCACAAUCAGCCCGCCUUCAGCUUGAUAGGGCAGGUAUGAAAACACCCAAGGGGCAUCUGCAUAAGGCCUUAAUUAAGGCUUAUCAAGGACGGGUGAGCCUAUUGAUGAAGGAAGCAAAAUUUAACCCUUUAUCUGUUAAUCUUUACAGACUGUAGCAAUACUGAGAAGAGACGCUCACAUAAUUUUAAGUUUUUGUCCCAUAAUGGGACAUAGCUUAUUAUAUGAGAUUAGCUCUAUUUUAAAGUCCUGUAAAUAUCUUACUAUAGACUUAAAAUCAAGACCAGCGGCAGUGCUGGUCUCACAGCUUGCUAGAAAUGCAGAAUUUUAAGACCCCAGUCCACAUUCCCUGACAUUUUUGGAAUCCCAGGUGAUCUGUGUGUG